AUGCCUGGACAGCAGCAAAGUCUUUGGUAUCAACUAUUCGCCCUCAAACACAGCUUGUGGAGGGCUCGAGUCGACACCGAGAGCCUUCGCGCCUGCGAGCAAUACAUCAACACCGACGACGCUCAAAGGGUGUUCAUGGUGACGCGAAUGAAGAGGCGGAUCCAGGCCGGGUUUCUCGCUUUCCAAGGGUACCCAAACCUCUUUCUGGGCCAGCUCGACGGCCUCGACGAUGCGGACCAGGUUCUUGAACAGCUCGCCGCCCUGGAGGCUGUAGUCGGCAUUCUUUCCCCGGAAAAGAUUAUCGAGGUGCUCCGUGUCCCGGAAGAUAGAGGCCGCAGCACCCCGCUCGACAGUGCUGAGCAGCGUAGUGACCAGUCCGUCGACUCGGCCCUGUGGGAAGAGAUUCGACGUCAAAGAGCCGCCAUCAACAACCUGCAGCGGCAGCUCUCCGAGCUCAUCUGCAUCACCCGAGACAACGGGGGGAAGCCAGACAAACUGCUCGAGUCCGGCAACAAGGUCCAUCCUGGACUCUAG